AUGUCAUUCCGCCCCCUGUUCAAGUUCAGCAUACUGCCGCAAGACAAGACCAUGAAGCGCCCCGCGCCUUCCACAGUGCCAGCUAUGUUUGCAUCAGCGGUAGCUGCGGGAGCUUUGAUGCCUGGCACCCUUGCUUUCGUUGCAUCGCCAAACGUGAUCAUCACCGGAACUCAUCAACGUUUGCCCAGCAGACUUGGUCAACCUUCUACCUCCCGGCAUGAUUCGCUCAGCAUGAGUGCUUCGCCAGGUGCAAAAAACCUCGUGCUCAACGAGGGCGAGCGGACGAAGCUGAACGACGGUCCGGACGGGCUCUUCUACGGCUACCCUCGCAUCUGCUACCACGUCGACGAGGGCUUCCUCAAGCACCUCACGGAGCUGUACCGAGAAAGAAUCCCUGCGGGCGGUGCGGUGCUAGACAUGAUGUCUUCGUGGGUUAGUCACCUCCCACCAGAGGUUACCUACGAGCGGGUGGAUGGACACGGGAUGAACCUGGAAGAGCUGGGCCGGAACCCGCGUCUUGACACAAAGCGGGUGUGGGACCUGAACGCGGAACCCCGCCUCCCUUUCGAAGACGCCACCUAUGACGCUGUGGUGUGCACGGUGUCCGUGCAGUACCUCCAGCAGCCGGAGGCAGUGUUCGCGGACGUGUGCCGAGUGCUCAAGCCUGGCGGUGUGGCCAUCUUCUCUUUCUCGAACCGAAUGUUCUCCGACAAGGCCAUCAAGGGUUGGAUCAACCGGACGGCCAAGGGGCGAGCACGCCUCGUGUCUAAUUACUUCAAUGCUGCGGGUGGAUUCGGACCUCCGGAGGUCGUCGAGCGCGAAGCUUCGGACAGCGCCGGAUUUUUCGAGGGCUUUGCCGACAUGUUCGGCAUGGUCGGGAGAGGUGACCCGUUCUGCGCGGUUGUCGCAACCAAAGAAGGCUGACAACGUAUUGUAUGUAGUCAAAUCAACGCUCCUCGCCCCGGAAGACUAAGAAUACCGCGGAGCAACAGCAGUCCGGUUGAUGGGACGGGCGGACGGGUGACCGGAUCAAUGAGCGGGCCGAUCGGCUGACCGUUCACGUGUGUGUACUGUACGAACUUGAUCGGGUAAAUGUAUACUUCUGUAUUGUUUUGGGCCAGACGUAGAGAAACGGCCGACGUAUCGAUCCCCAGUGUGAGGUUUCCACAGGGUGGCGGUGUCCAUGUUGUGGGCGGUCGGGGGAGCUUUACAGGCCGAAUCGAGGAGCAGCGAACGCUCAUGAUGUAGUGCGUCAUGGGGCGUGGAUUUGUUUUGGCCAGAUAUAAUAAUAACAAUCCCCCGUGUUUCGACGCCGCCGGGGUUGCUAUUCCGCAGCAGCUGCAGCGGUGGUUGUUGUGAUGAUCGGGGAGAGGUACACAAACUGCUGCUUGUGUCUGCGCUACCGCUGUCUUUGCAUACGACAGAGGUGGAGAAACGUUUAUUCGCGCCCCGCUCGGUGUACAGCGCAAGAUGACAGCAUUCGGGGAGUGAUAAAGGCUCGGCGUUCGUGCAUGUUUGGGAUCCGAGGUCUCUCGUGUCGAGUCAACGUGGUGGGUGAAAAAAGGGUGGUGGGUGAAAAAAGGGGGAGGGGGUAUUAAAUUGCGUACGGCCGAAGGUGAGGCCGGGUAAAAAAAGAAAAAGUGUCCGCCCUCUGGCUACAAUGGAGGCGAUGAGGCUGCGCGGUGACACGCCUCCUUGUAAAAUACUUCGAUGGAUGUUUCCG